CAUACCACAGAGAGAGAGAGAGAGAGAAGAGUACCACCACCUCCUGCGCUAGAUCUCUCUGCCGGAGCCCCGGUACGCCGACACCGGCGACGCGCUGGAAUCCGCUACAGGAUCGUCUGAGCUCCGCAUAGGCGCUGCAUUGGGCGUUUCCUUUCUUCCUUUCUUGCUUCGAUUGGAGCGAAGAAGAGUAGAGAAGAGAGAGGGGGGAGGGGGGAGUGGAGAUGGGAGUUCUGGGAGAGGGGUCGAGGUGGUGCUUCUGCUCGGGCGUGGGGAGGUCGGAGAGGGUGAAAGAUGGCAUUGUUUCUUCCAAAGGUCCCGCCUUGGCCGCCAUCUCGGUCGCCGAAGGCGGGAGUGGCGGUGGUGGCUUGGGCACCGGGUUCCUCAUCCACCGCAACCUCCUCCUCACAACUCAUGCCAACCUCCCUUCUGCUCCCGUCGCCGAGGCCGCUGAGAUCCGCCUCUGCCAUGGCCGCCUCCCUGCCCGCCUUGUUCCGCAGAGAUUUUUCAUAACAAGUUCCAUCCUCGACCUCUCUAUAGUGGGGCUUGAUAUUCUGGAUGGUGACUCAGCUUCGCAGGUGCAGCAGCCGCAUUACUUGAAGACCUGCUGCCACCCUAAUCUUGAUUUGGGUAAUUUAGUUUAUGUUUUAGGCCACACGGAUGGAAAGGAGCUGACAGUUGGUGAGGGAAAAGUAGUAAUAGCCACCGACAACCUCAUAAAGUUGUCGACGGAUGGUGUGACAUGGUGCCCUGGAUCAGCUGGUUUUGAUUUUCAAGGAAAUUUAGCUUUUAUGGUAUGUGAUCCUAUGAAACUUGCAUCAUCUCCCACCGGAAGAUCUUCUGCAUCCUCUUCAUCGUCUUUGACAUGGAAGAAGGACGCUCCUAUGCAGUUUGGGAUCCCCAUUUCAGUUAUCGUUGAUUGGUUACAUCAGCACUGGGAAGGGAGCUUGGAUGAGGUUAGCAAGCCCAAGUUAUCUAUAAUUCGAUUGAUGUCAACGGGACAGAAGAAUGAUCAUUCUUGUGCUUCUUUCACCCUUCGGCGGUUCUUGAAGGCUUCGGAGGAGCUAAAUCAUGAUGACUCAUCAUCGUCACCUGUAGAUCGAAGAUCUAAAUAUCAACUUGGACCGAGCUGCUCCUCUAAUUCAAACGCAAUAUUUUCCCAUGAUGAAGAGCCAGUCGUUAAUUUACACUGCAACCAUGAGCAGGGGAUUCCAACUCCAGAGAUUUUUGAGUCACCAAAACUCAUCUCUGACCCACCUCAGAAGAAGGAACAUGCCCCGAUCCAGCUCCUGGACAUUAAUUUCCCUCCAAAGGCCCCAAGAUCUAUAUUUUUGUCUCUGCCUCGUAAACCAUUGCUCUCUGAUGGAAAUAAUAUGCGAGGGCCUGCAACCGAAAAGAUAUCAAGAGAAAAUGGAUUUUCAGCAAAUGAUGCACCACAAGCCAGUUGGGAAGCAGCGUAUAAGCUUCCCCCAGUUGGUACUUGGCAAGAGGAUCACUACAGCGUACAGUCCAGUUCAUCUCCACUGGAGAUAUCAGAGUUGCAGAAUGAGGAUCAUGGUUGUAGCAGCAUGGAGCAGACAAUGUACUCGGCCGAGACAAUGGAGAGCAGAAACAUUCCGAGCCCCAGGAAAGCCAAGCUUCAACAGGUAGGCAGGAGCCACAGCUGUGUGAGCUACAGCAGAUGGACAUCGUCUCAGGGGCCUUCAACAGCACGGGAAGCAGUCUUGCGGAAGCAGCACACCUCAAUUCCUGCAAGGAAGACGUGCUCACAGACCUUGGCAUUGCCCCGAAAGAGCCACGAUUAUUACAGUUCGACCGUCUCGUCAAGCAUGAAGAAGCGGAACGGCUCGGAGAACCCAAGGAGACCCUGUCAAAAUGCUGUUCAAAUGUCUCCGAGAUGGAUGUUCUGAACACUCGUUUGCCGAUGAACUUACAAGAGACCCACCACCCACCUUCAAUCUGAUUAAAAGCUUGACUGUUGCGGGCCGAUACAGAGUUAUAUUUGAGGUUUGUAUGUGCAUAUUAUGUUCAGAUCUGAUGGGUGAAAAGCAGUGUGGAUUUGGUGUUAUAGGGAAAAUAUAGCUUCACAAAUCUGAUUUAUUCAAUUGUUCUAUACAUCUUGUGUGGAUGAAUUUAAGCCUUUGGAUGCACCCAAGCUGAGUUGUUCCUGUUGUGACAAUUAGAUACCUUGUAUACCUCAGUUCUAAAUGUUACUAAAACUCAAGAGAUAUAUCUUUGACUGUUUCA